CAACCAUCGGCUGCCUUUUGUAUGCGGGUGGCCGGGUUGACUGUACUUUGGGUUUCCCUAUUUACAGGCCACAAGCCCCACUCGUCUCAGAGGGAUGAGCGGUUGGCCCCGGAUACUCGAGAUUCUGUGAAGUCUGACAAAUGACAAAACGAACAAGACUCAUAAAUACCUCUGCAGAGGGUGCCCACGCCUGCGAAGAGCGGUGGCGCUGCCACGCUGCCACCGGCGCGACAUGGUCCCUUUUGCUGAUUCCGAUCCCGCUGUUGACCGCCCACCUGUCGAGCUCGCCGCCCACGGUUGUCUUCCUUGGCGAGGCGGAGGUGGAAGACGGAAGUGGGAUGUGGGACGUGGGAUGCGGGAGCUGCCGGAGUUGAGGAGAUGCGAACCGCGAUUUGUGUGUCGCCGCCAGCAGGAACGCGGAAAAGGAAGCGUUGUCGUCCGUUAUUCUAACUGAGCCGUGGCCG